CUCGCUCCCGCACGGAGGCGGGGCUUCGGUGGCGUCGUCACUUCCUCUGCGGAGAAGGCUCGCGAACGGACGGUUUGGCUGUAGCAACCGCGGUCGGCGUCCAGCGCUCCGAGGCGGGAGGAUGAGCGACAGCGGGGAGCAGAACUACGGCGAGCGGGAGUCCCGUUCCGCUUCCAGAAGCGGAAGCGCUCACGGUUCCGGCAAGUCUCCAAGACACUCACCUGCUAGAUCUAGGUCCAAGGAAGGUUCAAGGCGAUCUAGGUCAAAGUCUAGAUCAAGAUCUGAAUCUCGAUCCAGAUCAAGGAGGAGUUCUCGCAGACAUUAUACGAGGUCACGUUCACGUUCUCGAUCCCAUAGGAGGUCAAGAAGCAGAUCUUACAGCCGCGACUAUCGUCGCCGACACAGUCACAGCCAUUCUCCUAUGUCUACUCGUCGGCGUCAUGUUGGCAACAGAGUAAGGCUGGGAUGGCAGCAGUUGACCAGAGAUAAUUCAGCUGUGUGUGUCUUUGGAGGUUCUAAAGUUUUCAAAUUACCCAGAAAUCAUGCAAAUCCCGACCCAAACUGUUGUCUUGGUGUGUUUGGAUUAAGCUUGUACACAACAGAAAGGGACCUGAGAGAGGUAUUCUCCAAAUAUGGCCCAAUUGCUGAUGUUUCUAUUGUAUAUGACCAGCAGUCCCGACGUUCUAGAGGAUUUGCCUUUGUGUACUUUGAAAGUGUUGAUGAUGCUAAGGAGGCCAAAGAACGCGCUAAUGGAAUGGAACUUGAUGGAAGAAGGAUCAGAGUUGAUUUCUCAAUAACAAAAAGGCCUCACACACCUACUCCUGGAAUUUAUAUGGGGAGACCUACAUAUGGAAGUUCCCGGCGGAGAGAUUACUAUGACAGAGGUUUUGAGAGAGGAGGCUAUGAUGACCGUGACUAUUAUAGCAGAUCAUACAGAGGAGGAGGCGGUGGUGGAGGUGGUGGCGGCGGAGGAGGAGGAGGGUGGCGAGGUGCCCAAGACAGGGAUCAGAUGUACAGGCGAAGAUCACCAUCUCCCUAUUACAGCAGGGGGGGCUACAGAUCUCGCUCCCGGUCUCGAUCCUAUUCACCUCGUCGCUAUUGAAUUGUGAAACAAAGAACUUUGUAGCUACAGACAGUGCAUUGAGAUUGCAGUCUUGUGGACAAUACUUUGUUGUUACUUUUGUUCAAGUCUAAUAGUGCCUAGUGAAUAGGUGACUUUUACACCUUUUAUGGAGACUACUUUUGGUGAAGUUUUAAAAUGCUGUUUCAUUCUGCAUAUUUGUGUAGUUUGUGCUUUGUUCAAAGUUAUGUUUUGAGAACAGUAUGUCUUCUGCAUGUGUUUUAGUCUGAACUUUGCAGAAGGGUUUCUAUUGUCCAAAGUUCUUCAUUCAGUUUUUUUGUUUUUUUACAGUUUCCAAGGUAUUUUGAAGAACAAAACCUGUGUAAUAUGCUUUGAAAUGGUGGCAUAAUAAAGUUUUUUUUUUAAACUUACUUUGAAGCCCAUAUCUCCUACUUAGCCAAAGUUUGAGUCGGAGAAAGAAUAAAACCUUUACCAAAUUCAGAGCCAUAUCCAAAAUUCUGUACCCCAAACCUUUCUCAAAUACUUUGUAUUACAGAAAGUAUGAAUAAAAAUCCACAUUGUAACUUGCUAUUUCUGUAAGUAGGUUAAGCUUUUCAUAUUAGCAGUUGUAAGUGCUGGAAACUUGUGAUAAGGAACGUGUAUUUUAUGAUAUAAAGGUGAUCUGGAAAUUUGGUUGUUAAAACAGUUUUCAAAACAGUC